AUUAUAAGUCAGAAGACACUUGAGUAUAUGUAUCGGUGUGAUUAGAUUCUGAAAUAGGAACUUAUUGCAUGUGGAACGCGCGCGCACUGAAGCACGCAAUGUAUAUAUAGAAAACGUGUUAUUCGAAUGAGUUUGUUAUCGUGAAUAGUGCGAUCGAGCCGUAGUAUACCUACCUGUGGAUAAGAAACUCAAUCGGAAGAGUCGUUUUCUCAAGACUGUGUGGAUCUACUGUGAACUAUUUUAUUCAGACGUUUAUUUUUCUCCGAUUGCAGCAUCAUACCGCGUUUAUUUAAAAGUCAAGAAGAAAAAAGAGAUAAUCAUGAAAUCAUUAAUCGUUACUAUAGUGGCAUGUCUUUUGACUCUCAACGUAGGACUUAGUAGUAGCGCAAAAAUUUUAGUUAUCAUUUCAAUUCCUUCUUAUAGUCAUCAAAUUGCUUACCAGUCUAUCUGGAAAACUUUGAGCUUAUUAGGUCACCAUGUUACCUUGGUAACUAGCGAUCCACUCCCCGAAAAGAAUCUGACCAAUUUGAGACAAAUAGACCUUAGUUAUAAUUAUAAGCACAUACAAAGUAUUAACUUUCUAGAAAUGAAAGGCAAAUACUCGUGGCAGAAUAUCAUGAAAAUGUAUUUCUGUGAAAUAUCAAGUAUUUUAGCCGAAAGUAUUUUUAAUCAUCCUGAUUUCAAGAAGAUCUAUACACCUGAUAGUGGCGAAAAAUUCGAUCUUAUCAUAACCGAAGCUAUUAUAACGCCGGCCAUUUACGCUUUUGCGCACAGAUUCCAAGCUCCUUUGAUAGGUACGUAUUCAUUAGGCUUUUUGCAAAUGUCUCAUUUUGCUUUUGGUAAUCCAUUGUUACCAUCGCAUCCUUCAACCUGGGAUAUUAACGUCACUGGUCCGAAUAUAGCCUUUUGGACAAGAGUAUGGAAUUACAUCUUAACAUGGUGGCACAUACACGUAGAUUGUCAUAACAUAUUCUAUAAACCGCAACAAGAAAUUGCAGAAAAAUAUCUAGAUAAUAUACCUUCUAUCAUAGAAUUACAAAAGAACAUGAGUAUCAUACUUGUUAAUCAGCAAGAAGAAAUUUCAUAUACCAGGCCCAACGUUCCCAAUAUUAUACAUUUUGGUGGUUUACAUAUAAGAAAUAAUUUGAAACCUUUGCCGAAGGCAUUACAAGAAUUCGUAGAUAAUGCAUCGAAUGGUUUCAUUUAUGUUAGCCUUGGAACAAACGUACAUCCAGACAUGUUCCCAGAAAAUUUAAAAAAUAUAUUUUUCAAUACUUUAUCAAAUUUACCGGUAAAGGUUGUGUGGAAAUUUACGGAAGAUUUUCGAAAAAUAUCUGACAAUAUUUAUAUUGCAAAAUGGUUUCCACAACAGGAGAUUUUAGCACAUCCGAACUUGAAGCUGUUCAUUUAUCAAGGUGGACUUCAAAGUACGGAAGAAGCUGUAUAUUCUGGUGUACCUCUUGUUGGAAUACCAGUAUUAGCUGAUCAAGACAUGCAAGUUAAUAAGAUGGUGAGUUUAGGGGUAUGCAAGAAAGUCGAUAUUUUAGAAAUUACGAGAGAAGUUUUAAACGAAGCAAUUAUAGAGGUCUUAAAUAACAAAAGUUAUAAAGAAAAUAUGAUGAAUCUUAAGAAAUGCAUUGAAGAUAAACCACUUUCUAACUUGAAGAAGGUCAUUUGGUGGAUAGAAUAUGUUAUUCGUCACAAAGGUGCGCCUCAUCUGCGUUCUAGUAUUGUGGAUGAACCUUGGUAUCAAAGAUACGACACUGAUGUCAUCGCCUUUUUAUCUAUUGUAUUGUUUAUCAUCGCUCUCCUUAGCUUAUAUAUCGUUUAUAAAAUACUACUAGUUAUUAUAAAAUAUUACAUAACAUCAGUGACAGAUAAAAAGAUGAAAAAAAAUUAAUUAAAUGAACAUAAAUGAAAAAAUAAUAUAUAUAUAUAUAUAUAUAUAUAUAUAUAUAUAUAUACACAUGAAUUUUGAACUUUUUAGAUAAGAUAGCAGGCGGAAUCGGCAAGAAAAUAUAGAAACUGAAAUUAACAUAUAUAAAAGGCUCUAGUGUUAUCUUCAUAUCAUUUAUUUAAUAAUAUUUCAUUUUUAUUUUAAUGAAUUUUAUAAAAAUUCUGUUAUCAUACGCAAGCGCCAAGCGUCGGUUUAUCGAUCGCAUAGAAAUUUCAUGAGACACAACGUAUCGAGAAAAACGGGGCCAUUGCGACUAUGCGAAAAGGACGGUUAUAUUUGGUAAAGCACUGGAAAUUUGUACAAGAAUGUUAUCAUUUACAAACUAUAUUCCAGAAAAAUGAUGAAGUUAUAGAUAAAAUCAUCGGGAAAAUUGACUCAUCGCGUCCAUGAAAAUUUCCAUAGUUACAUAAGAAUAUGUUAAGUGCUAGUUAAUUUGCAAGAAAAGACUAUACAAUUUCCAUCAUUUAACAUAUUGAUAUUACUUAUCGUAAUAUAUGCUACAUGAUGCGUAUAAAUUUCAUGAACUUCAAAAUGUUGAAUUCGAAUUAUUUUUAUAAAUUUAUUUAAUGAUUACAUCGCAUUUAUAUUUUCUUGCAUAUAAAUAACACACAAUAUACAUAAUGAGGAAUGAAUUUUUCUUUUAAUCUACCGAAUAAAGAGAAGAUAAAGAUCAAAGAAAGAGAAA